AUGGGGAAUGGACAUGGGUUGACAUUAAUAUCAAACCAACACAAAGGAUUACUUGAGGCUGUCAAAGAAAGGGUGCAUGCAGCAGAGCAUACACAAUGUACCAGACACAUAUGUGCUAACUUCAUGAAAAAAUUCAAAGGUCAACAGUUCAGUAAAAUUUUUUGGUAUGUUGUUGCUUCUACUACCCAGGCUAAAUUUGAGCAGCGUAUGAAUCAAAUCAAGAAGAUAGAACCACUUGCCUAUGAUCAUCUAAUGGAGAGGGACCCUAAAACUUGGAGUAAAGCAUUCUUUCGGACUGUAGGGAAUAUAAUGCAUAUGAAAAUGGUGUAUCUGAGAGUUUUAACUCACUCAUUGGAGCUGCCAGACCUUGGUAAGAAGACAUGUGGAUGUAGAGGUUGGCAAUUAAUUGGUUACCCUUGCGUGCAUGCAUAUGCUGCCAUUUCAAACCUCAAUAUGGAUCUAGAGGACUAUGUAUUACCAUGGUUGACCACAACAAUGUUUUGUAAUGCCUGCAUGUACACCAUUAAGCCACUAAAUGGUAGUGAUAUGUGUCCUGGUAAAGUGAAGGUUGAAUUGGUUCAAGAAGUUGACGUGGAAAGUGAUAGUGAUAGUGAAGUUCAAAGGGAGCCUGAUAGUGAGGUGGAGUCUUAUGAAGUUUAUUUUGAAGAGGGUAAUGAUACAUACGAAGAUAUCAAGUUGAAGUUGAAGUUCAAGGAUGGGGUGAAGAUCAAGAAGGUGAAGAACUUGUUGUACUUCAAGAUCCAGUUGGAUAAGAUGACCAAGGACAGGUUGGACUUCAAGAUCCAGUGGAAGAUGAGCAUAUGCAAGAAGUACCAGCAUUUCAAGUUCUACAGGGAAAGAGAAGAAGGAAACCUUUAG